AUGACAUUGGAAGAGUUUGGUGAGACUGUUGCUGAAGAAUGGCCAUUGACCACCCACCCUAUAAUCAGAAAUCCCCAAGUAGGACAUGAGGAUGCUGUUGUGAUUAAGUCACAGCAGCGAUCUGCUAAUCCAAGUAGCAUAGUAACAGAGGUCGAUGUAGUCGGGAGAGACGGCGCUGGAGCUCCAGUAGGCGGCGUCGGAGGACUCAGUAGCGGAGACAGCGCCGGAGAUGUCGGCUUCUUGCUUGGAGCCGGCGCCGGAACCAGAGCAGGUGGAACAGCUGGCGUAGGCGACGGUGCGGGAGGCGGAGGAGAUGGUGGUGGAGUUGCCGGUGGAGCGGACACCACAGGAGGUGGCGCCGCCGUGGGGCUGGUGGUCGGAGCAGGAGUUGUCGGUGGUGCUGGAUUUGAAGUAGGAGGUGCCGGAGUUGCAGUCGGAAAAGUGGCCGAAGAAAAACAAAUAAAGACAAAAUAUCUUGGUGGAGGCCGAGAAAAGGCAGUUGGUAGUUCUGAAAUGGUAUCCUGUGGUGUAGUUUUUCAAAAUGGUAAUCGCAUAUUGACAAUGGGACUUUGA